AAAAAAGUUUCCGUUUAUUUGUUGGAUUUUUUAAACAUUGAGUGUUUUAAUUUUCUAACUAAUUCUGGCUCAGUGCUUUUAUUUAGCUGUUUAUUUUUUAUAAAUGGAAAAAGAUUUAAAUGAUAAUAUUGAUCAAAAUGAUUUACCUGAACAAGCAUCAUUUACAAUCGUAUCAGUGCCAUCAGAUUGUUUCCAGGAAGGACAAAUUCCAUGGAGUAACUUACCAUCUACAAAUUUGACUCUUCAGACUGUUUCUGGAUUAGAACAGUAUGAUAUUCCACAACGUGUUGUUGUUGAGGCACUCAUACCAUUUAGUGAAGACACUGUAAAUUCAACCCUUAUUCAGUUGAAGGAAGAUCCUGCAAGUGUAGAAUCAAAUGCUAUUUCCAAUGGUGAUACAACCUUCGAAGGAAUUACUGCCAACUUGCACGAGAGGAAAUACGAUCCAGUCCUUCAUGAGCAAGGGGAGAUAUUUUCACAUCUUACAGGACUAUUAUCAUCAUCAGUAAUGCAAGCAAUACCUCAUAAUAAUCAGACAUUUUUGGAUAAUUUACAGUCAAAAUACAAAAUUGCUGUUAAUAUGACUACUGACGGAGCAAGUGUCUCAGGAUCGUUUAUCGCCCUAACACAAUUGGAAAAAGCUCUUCGUCAUCUUUUAGACUCUGAAUAUACACACAAAGAAUGUAAUGUGGACCUGAAUGCAAGUUGUCAUAAAGAGACUUUAAUAAAACCUGAUAUGGUCGAUAAAGGAAUAUCAUGUAAUUUAUUACUACCUCAGAUCUCCCUCCAUGGCCGUGAAGUUAGGCAACAUCCACACUAUAUCAAUUACGUAAAUUCUCUUUAUUCGUCAACUCAUGAAGAUCAAAAACAAACUAGUAUAAAAAAGCGCAAAGUUGGCAGGCCAAGGAAACAGCCGCUGGCACCAAAAGAUAACAUAAAAUCAAAGACUGAUGCACAAACACAACAGACUUUAUGUUCAAAUGAAACUUUUGAAAAAGGUACUGAAUCUAACGAAAAUAUUCCAGAUACAGCAUCUCUAGAUUGUGGUCAACAGCCAGAAAAUUUCUCUUUUGAAGAAGAUUUAUUGAACAGUCAAGAAAAUAUUAACAAAGAGGUACAAACAAAAGAUGACAGUUCUCUGAUAUUUAUCAACAAAAGUAAACGUUCCACAUUCACAGGACGACGUAUCUUGAAGAAAAACUAUGAAGCCUUAGCCCCAUUUAAAUUUUUUUGUAGUGAAUGUUCUUUCAAAUCCAAAAGAGAAAGCCAUUUUAUAAAACAUCUUAAAUUACAUGAAAAAGAUAAUAAUUUGUUCCAGUGUAAACAAUGUGAUUUCACUAGCAUUCGUUUGAGUCAUCUGAGGCGGCAUGAAGUCCUUCACAGUAAUACUUUACUGCAGUGUAUGAAAUGUAAAUACAGUACAGACAGUAACAAGCUACUUGCUCGGCAUGUGAAAAAUAGACAUAGCACACAACGAAAACAUCAUACCUUGUUGUAUGCCUGUCCAAAAUGUCAAUACAAGACUCUACGCCGGCAUUUGUACCGUAGCCAUCUACGUUUAAGUCAUAAUGAAACAGUUACGAACGAUAACUCAAGUAAUAUUCUAACGAAACUCACUAAAACUUACCAAUGUGAUUUUUGUAGUUAUAAAACUCAGCGCAAGGAACAUUACGUGAGACAUAGAAACAAUGUUCAUUGUAAUCAGCGUCCAUAUUUGUGUGAUCUUUGUGGCAAGGCCUUUAAACGACCAGAUGCUUUAUCACAGCACAAGUUUACACACCUGGAUAAAUCUGCAAGGGUUCUUCCAUUUACUUGUACACUAUGUACUAAAGCUUUUCGAUCACAGGCUCAUCUAAAUGAACAUAUGACAAUGCACUCAAAUAUCCGAGCACACUUAUGUCACUACUGUGGGGCUUCAUUCAAAACACGUUCAGUUCAACAGAAACACAUUCAGUCCAUCCAUGUGAAUCCUCGGUCCUACAACUGCUCACUUUGUGAUAAACGGUUCAAUACAAAUUAUGCACUCAUGAGACAUAAGCGGACACAUGAUGGAUCAGAUGUCCAGUGUGUCUUACCACACAUCGAGUCACAUGACAGUUGCUCUAAUUUGCAACAAGUCUCUGUGCAGAGCUUUACCAAUGAUGCUUCAACAUGUCAAGAGCACGAAGUUUUAGUACAAGAAGUGAUGGCUGCUUCCCCAAUAGGCGUCACUUAUGAUCAGAAUGGCGAUAAUAUUCAACAACCUUUGGUUCAGACUAAUGAAACAACAGCUGCUUUACUUUAUUUAACCAAUAAUCUACCACCAUACUGAAUUGAUAUUUAUUCUAACUUCAUUUCUAAAGAUAGGGCAUAUUACACAUAUUAUACACUCACACACACAAAGAGUAUUAAGGUUCUUUUGCUAUUUGAGUCAGUCAAGGGGCUUACUUGACCUGCUACAAAAUAGCAGCCAAAUCUUCCACAAAUCAUUUCCCAAAAUUUCCAAAAAGUGAAAUAUACUGUAGGUAAUGUAGUCCUCGAUACCCACUAAAAAAAAAAGAAAGGACAGGAUGGUCAUAGCUGGAAUGCUUUUGAUCAUAGACCUGCUCAGUCAAGGUUGAACUGGUAUUAAACA